ACACGCGCAUGCUUACUGAGAGAGGACUGAAUAAGAGAUCAGCGAGGACCAGAGAAGAGAAAGAAGAAGCUCAGAAUUUAACAUGUCUUCUCCUUGUCAUGUCUUCAAGACUGGCAAGCACACAGUGAAGCUCAUCAGCGUCCAACAGGAAGACAGCCAGGGCUCUGCAUCUUCACCUCCACCGAAGCCCUUGCUGGUUUCAGCGCCUUGCGAGGAAGGGGAGUUUCCUGUUUUGGUUUUCCUUCAUGGAUUCCUUCUCUAUAAUUCCUUCUACACUCAGCUUCUUCAACACAUCUCCUCUCAUGGCUUUAUUGUGGUCGCCCCUCAGCUGUACACCAUUGCAGGACCUGAUUCCUCUGAAGAGAUUUCUGAUGCAGCAAAAACAACAGAUUGGCUAAUCAAUGGCCUGGUUCACAUCCUCCCUAAUCAAGUUCAGCCAAAUCUCAACAAACUAGCCAUUGCCGGUCACAGUCGUGGCGGAAAAGUUGCAUUUGCUCUAGCUCUAGGCUAUGCCAAGACCUCACUCACCUUUUCGGCUCUAAUGGCAUUCGACCCGGUCGACGGGAUGGACAAAGGAAAGCAGACCAAUCCACCCAUCCUCACCUACAUUCCUCACUCAUUUGAGCUAAAAAUGGCUGCUUUGGUGAUCGGUUCGGGCCUCGGCGGGCUUAAGAAGAAUCUUUUCUUUCCUCCUUGUUCUCCCCAGGGAGUGAGCCACCAGGAUUUCUUUGAUGAAUGCAAAUCUCCUGCUUGCCACCUUGUGGCCAAGGAUUAUGGACACUUGGACAUAUUGGAUGAUGAGACCAAGGGGAUUAGAGGAAAAGCUACUUAUUGCUUGUGUGCGCAUGGCAAGGCAAGGGAGCCUAUGAGGAGUUUUGUGGGUGGAGCCUUGGUGGCAUUUAUGAGAGCUUAUUUGGAGGGUGAUAUGGAUGAUUUGUGGAGCCUAUGGGACAAUCCAGAGCUGGCAAUACCUGUUGCGGUAUCAAUAGCUUGUUUUCAGGACUGAAGAUUUGUGAGAGCUGCAUGUAUAUA